AGCAGGGUCCGAGCGGUGCUGCUGCUUCGGAAAAAGGGUUCCCGAGCCGUCCACGCGGCAACACGACAACAGAACUUCAUCUGGCCUCGAGCUGAGUGGAUCGCAUAGAUCGAAAGAAGAGAAACCUUGCGAAGCGCGCUCUCGUGUGAAACGAUACUGUUGCUCCUGCUCGAUCCUAAGCGAUCCCAAGCGAUCCUCGAAAGAAAUUAGUGUAGUCAAGAUUGUAGAUUGUAGUUGAAUCCCGAUCCCGAUAGUGCAUCCGUUUUUGUGUUCGUCGUUUGCUUUUGCAUGCAUUUUAUUUUGGUUGUUUUUUUUUUGUGCCUGGUUCCUGUCCUCUUCCGUUGUGCCAAGUAUCGAAAAGGAUAUCCAUCACGAUCAUCGACACCCAGCAAUGGAGGCCAAUGCCAAUUCGCCCUCCACGCCGACCACAACUUCGUCUACGGUGGUGGUGUCCACCCCCUCGCCUGCUGCCAGUACGAGCAGCAAGAGUCAGCACAGUCACAGCCACAGUCAGCCAGCAUCCAGCGCGAGUCUGAGUCUGGCUCCAGCAUCCACCUCCACCUCCGCCUCUGCCACACCCACCACCCACGUCACGCAAUCGCAGCUGCUGACCACCAGCCUGGAGGCCGCCAAGCAGGAGGAUCUCUACAACCUGUCACUGGCCAGCGGUCUGUCCGAGGGUCAGCGCUCCCUCUCCGGCGCCCCGUCGGCAUCCUCCAGCCCCAUUCUGAGUCCGCAGGGCAAGAUCUUCGGGAGGAAUGCGAAUGGAACAAUGAUCACCACAUCCCGGCCGGGCAACGAGGCGGAGGUGCAGCUGUACCGAGUGCUCCAGCGGGCCAGUCUUCUCGCCUACUACGACACGCUCCUCGAGAUGGGCGGUGACGAUGUGCAGCAGCUGUACGACGCCGGCGAGGAGGAGUUUCUCGAGAUCAUGGCUUUGGUGGGCAUGGCAUCCAAGCCCCUGCACGUGCGGCGUCUGCAAAAGGCCCUGCAUGAGUGGGCCAACAAUCCCGGCCUGUUCCAGGGCGUCCUCAUGCCGCAGCUGGGUCUGUGUGAGACACCGCCCAAGCCAGCGCUGGUCUUCAAUCCGGACACCACGCCUGCCCUGCCCCGCCAGAAAUUUCCCUCCUUCAAUGCAACAGGUUCCUUCCAGGCCUCGCCGGCCCCGGUUCCGGCCCCUGGUCCGGUUGUGACCGCGACCGCGACGGCGCCGGCGGUCACGACUGUCCCCCAUUUAAUAUCCCAAAUUAGUUGCACCUCGGUGCCCGUCCUGCCCUCCAUUGUCCUGCCCUCCACAACACCCCUGACUAGCAAUCCCAAUCCCCAGACACAUUCCAAUGCCAAUCCCAGCAGUAUGACAGGAUCAGCGGCCUGUGUCUCGGUUAGCACAGCCCACCAGGUCUCCUCCAGCUCGCCCCAGCUGACGCCGGUCCUCACCGAGAUGCAGAUCCAGCGCAUCACCAUGUGCGCGGAGAAGAUCGGCCGCCAGCUGCCGCAGCGGGAGCCACGCGCCCAGACCACCCGGAAGCGCACCACCCGCGAACUGGAGCAGGUGAUAGCCAUGAGCGAGCACGAUCCGCGUCGCAUGGACGAGAUCCGUAAGUACUCGGCCAUCUACGGCCGCUUCGAUUGCAAGCGCCGCCCGGAGAAGCCCCUCACCCUCCAUGAGGUGUGCGUGAACGAGGCGGCCGCCCAGCUCUGUCGCAAUCCCCAGACCAUCUGGUUGCUUACCCGCCGCGACGAGCUCUUCCCGCUGGCGCGGCAGAUCGUCAAGGAUGCAGGAUUCGGCCACUCGGCGAGCAUAGCCCGCUACGGGGGACUGCUCACCCAGCUGCCGGGUGCCCAUGGUGCGGGUGGAGCGCGGGGCUCUGGCUCUGGCUCGGGCUCGGGCUGUGUGCCCAGCGAUGUUGACUGCGAGUCGAGCGAUGCGUCGAUGCCGCCCAAGCGGCAGCGUCUCUCCUCCACGGAGGCGGCACAGCUGCCCAUGGACCUCAACAGGGAAGCUGUGGAGGACUCGCGCUACAAUCUCUUUGCCAUGUACCAGAAGUUCGCCAAGCCGCCAUUCGACCUUACGGAGAUCGCCAAGUUCUCGCUGGGCAAGACGGCCGACUUUGAGGACAACGACUCGCGGUUCUCCUUCAGCAACUCCUCCAGCUCCCCGCCAAUGCCAGUGAGUAUGUGUUGGAGCGCUAUGCGUGCAGUCCGCCCCGGAGGGAGACCCCGAGUAAAGAACGAUUUGUCUCGCCCAUCUUCCCCCCCACAGACGGCCUGCAAUGGUCUGGAAGGUGAGCGGUCGCCCCUCUCCCGCCAGAUGGAUGCCUCGUCCACGCCCUGCGAAUCUGUGGACUUAAGUGGCACCGUCUCCGCGCCCUCAACUCUGAGCGGCGUCCAGGUCAUCUCCGCUGCCGGGGACAACAUCAUAGCCGUGGCCAAUCCCGCCCUCGCCCUCAGUCCCACACUGAACGAAGUUCUGGCCCUGAAAAGGAAUGCGGCCGCCGCUGCCGCCUCCCCGGAAGCCUAGCUGAAGAAACAGAGAUCCGAUCCUCCGAUCCUCUGUUGUAGUGCCAGAUUUAGAUGUAUAAAUCGUUAUAAUUCAAGUGCAAUUCCAUUAGUUUAGAUUCGUCCAAGAGGAAUAUUUUUUUUAGUAUGUCGCUUAAGUGAAUGAUUAGUUUGUAAUCUCUGUGAUCUAUACUAAAAUAUACUUGCUGUAAUAAAUGCAUCAUUUAUUAAUAUAGAAGAAAAUAAAACUCUAGUAAAGUUCAA